UGACGUCGUACCCGUUACCAUCUUAAGCGGCGUCGGGAGGCCCGCUGCAAUUACUAGCCACUUGCUGUAGAGAGGUACCAACAGGACCCUGCAUGUUAAAGUCAAUGUAUUUUUGGAUGUACCAAAUUGUGUGGUGCAGAUGCAACAGGGAAAACCUUAGCAGAGGGGUGAACAUUUGGCUCAUGAGGAUGUCUCUUUAGGACCAGUCUCUUGAGAGAUUGGACAUACUGAUUCCCCCAUGGAAACCAACUUUAUGAUCGUCUGGACAGAUUUUUUAAUCAUACUUGUGGAUUGAAAAGUGAUGCCAUCAGCUCAUGGACAAAAUAAUUUCACCAUGGAAAGGCAGAAAUCGGUGAAUACUGUUGCUUCAACGCAGCUGGGUGGAGAACCAAGUACUUUCAUCUGCACUGAGUGUGGUGAUGGGUUCAGCCAGUACUCUAAUGUGUUGGCACAUAUGGCCAUUCAUGGACCUUUGGAAUCAUUCUCCUUUGAUGGCUCAUCCAAUGGAUUUGAAGUCCCUCGUGAAUAUGUCCUACAAGAAAACGGUACACUGACUGUUGUGAAUGGCUUGCUGCAGUCACAUUCGUCUAUAAAGUCAGUAUCUCCUGGAGUCCUGCCAUCACAUUUCCCAUCCCCUAUCAAACCAGUUUCUCCAACUGCAGGCCCACAGCUGUCUUCUUAUAGAGAUGUGUUCAGGCCAAGGCCAUCAGACUUGAACUUGGACAGGUCUCGCCAGGGCCAUUACCGUUGUGAAAUAUGUAGCAGAUCAUUUAACAGCCUGCAGAGUUUACAUCGCCACCAACAGUAUCGAAACACAGAGCGGGGUUACAAGUGUACUUUGUGCUGCAAGAUCUUUGAAGGUAGUCAGGACCUUAAAAAACAUCUCCAAGACCACGCAAGUGAAAGGUUUCACAUCUGUGGCAAUUGUGGUAAGCGAUUUCUUAAAGUGGAUGCACUGAAUGCUCAUCAAAAAGAAAACCACCUCUCCCCCAAGGCUACAGCAUUGGGUAAAUAUGAAAAUAGGCAGGAAAAAAAGGUUGAGAAAACGUAUCCCUGUAGGAAGUGCAAGUUGAAUUUUUUCUGGAUGUCAGAUUUUCAGGCACACUCACUGCACCAUUGCAAAGGAAAAGAGCCUGAUGCUAUUUUUGCACCUGAAAUUGAAACUGAAGUGAACUCCAAGAACAUAGAGGUCACACCACUUCAAAACUGCUUCAGUAAUGGCAUGUCUAUUGAUGUUAAGAAUGGCGAUAUGAAAGGCUUUAGGGAUACUAGUGGUGAGAUUGAUACUGAAUACUCUUUCACGCCAUACAGAUGUGGUUUAUGUGGGGAUCGUUUCCAAAAGUUAACAUCUCUGAAGGAGCAUCAUCUCACACAUCAGACUCAGGAGGAAAUAGAUCAGCUGAAUCAAGAAUCACAAAGAACUUUCAAGCGAAGAAUGCCGCCUAAAGGCAGACGUAGAAGAGGGGGUAAUCCAAAUGGCAAGCUGCAUCCUUGCAAGCACUGUCACCGUGUCUUUAAUCAUUCUAGUAGUCUGUCUCGACACAUGAGAUACCAUAAGGGUACUAUGCACACAUGUGUAUUUUGUGGUAGACAUUUUCCACAGCGUUGUGAUUUGAGAAGGCAUAUAGUCAUGUACCACAAAGCUGAAUUAGAAAAGAAACCAGGCUUGAAACACUUGUACACAACUCCACAAAAUGGACCUGCCCCCAAUUCUCUUAAUGGGGAGAAAAACACAUUCUCUCCUGAUGAGAAAACAAAGAGCUCCUCUGAUGAACUAACAGCAUCACCAGAGGAGCAUCCAAAGGGCAAACAGUCUGGUAAAGCGGGCCGAGUUAACUACAAGUGUCAGGAAUGUGGAAAGAGAUUUGGCCUGUUAUGUGUGUACCAACGGCACCUGCGCUAUCACAAAAAGGAACCUAGUAAGUGCCCCAGAUGUCCUGCUCAAUUCAAGAACUCUUCAUCCCUUGAACUUCACCUUCAAAAUCACCCAAGCACUGGAGAAGCAGGUGAUGUUGGGCAAAUGUGUCAUGGCACUGGUUCCAUUGGGGAUACUGCCCUAGGAAAGGGUAAUGCAGAGGACAUAGAGGAUGACUAUAUGGACCAUACUCCAAAUAAGAAAGGAAAUUCUUCAGAGGUUCUUUAUGAAUGCACUGAGUGCACUGAGACAUUCUUAUGCUUGGAGACAUUUCUUCAGCACCAGACUUCUCAUGGCUCAGAAAACAAUGGGUAACUGUCAUGUCAGACCCAUUAAUGCCAACAAUCAAGCUCUCAGGAGUGUAGUGUUUUUGACUCUUUUGAAUGCAAAUACUGAAUAACUGUAUAGAUUGCUGUAAAUCUUAGCAUGGUUAUUUUGCAUAAAUGUCUUUUUAGACUUUUCUUUGGCAUGAGGAAAUAAAAUCAGUCUAUUGAGGAAGUUCAGAAACCAGUUGGAAGCAGGAAGUAAGGUUUUGGGUAAGGAGCAUGCCAAAAUAGCUUUGAAUUAAAUUAAAAACAAUAAAUUAAAUGGACAUAACUUCAACAUAUGGCUGACAUGCAUAAAAUGCAAGUUUAAACCAAGUAUUCCUAUGGGCUACAGAUGUAGUUAACUUGAUGUACCACCAAGUGUUGACUAGCUAGCAUUGUAUUCUUUGUGGCUAAACAUGCUGUCAUUGUCAAUCUUACCUGCUGCAUUUUUUUAUGUUUUACAUGCAAAUAUGUGAUUUUUACAAUUUCUUUAAUAUGUGGUAUGUGUGUCUCUUCUUUUCGGAUAGCAUUGUCACUGAAUAGCUUUUUAAUUGUGCCAUUAAAAUUGUACAGA